UAGAGGCAGCGUGUGCGCGCGAAACUUCCCGGGCGCCACGUGAUUUUUGUGCGGACGUUGGGGAGAAAAUACCGGGGAGAGGGCCGACCCGCUCGUAGUAAGUGGGCCCCGUUAGCCAUGGAGCCCGCUUGCUUCCUCCAGCCCCACCCGUUCGGCGACACUGGGGUGGGCUCGGAUUUGUACAAGCCUUCGCCUCCCACGGUCGCUUCGCCCAAAUCCGACCGGGUAGAACAGCCGAAGCCAGCCGAGCCUACGCGGAUCAUCAACGACCCGGUCUCCGGCAGAUCCUACAGCAAAGGCCGCCUGCUUGGAAAGGGUGGAUUUGCAAGGUGCUAUGAAGUGACAGACCUCUCGAGCAACAAGACCUAUGCAGUGAAGGUCAUUCCUCACAGCAGAGUGGCCAAGCCACACCAACGGGAGAAGAUCAUCAAUGAAAUCGAGCUGCACAGAGACCUGCACCACAAACACAUCGUGAAGUUCUCACAUCAUUUUGAGGAUACGGAGAACAUCUAUAUCUUCCUUGAGCACUGCAGCAGGAAAUCUUUGGCACAUAUCUGGAAAUCCCGGCACACCCUUCUGGAGGCAGAGGUCCGAUAUUACCUCAAACAGAUCAUCUCUGCCUUGAAAUACCUCCACCUUAAGGGCAUCCUGCACCGGGAUCUGAAACUGGGUAACUUUUUCGUCAAUGAAAAUAUGGAACUGAAAGUUGGAGACUUUGGCUUGGCUGCCAGACAAGAGCCCGCAGACCAGCGAAAAAAGACUAUCUGUGGUACCCCCAAUUACCUUGCCCCCGAAGUGCUCCUGCGACAAGGGCAUGGGCCGGAGUCAGAUGUGUGGUCUUUGGGUUGUGUCAUGUACACGCUGCUAUGUGGGACCCCCCCUUUUGAGACUUCUGACCUCAAGGAGACCUACAAGUGCAUCAAGCAUGUCACAUACACGCUCCCAGCCUUCCUUUCCCUACCAGCCAAGAACCUGCUCGUUGGCAUCUUGAAACGCAACCCCCAGGACCGCUUCACGCUGGAGGAGAUCUUGGACCAUGAGUUCUUCACCAAAGGAUACACGCCUGAUAAGCUCCCGCCCAGCAGCUGUGUGAUGGUGCCAGAACUGAACCCCCCCAACCCUGCCAGGAGCCUGUUUGUAAAGGUCACAAAGACUCUCUUUGGGAAAAGAAAGUCAAAAGUCAAGAAGGCUCCUUCAGAAGAGAGAGAUGAUAUCUCCAAGCUGGUAACAGGCCUUGUGAAGACCUCCAUCUGUAGGCAACUGAGCCACAAAACUGUCGAAGGGAAUGAGGUCACUCCUUUGAAUGGUCAGAGUCCCGGCUCUAGCCCAGUAGAUACGGUAGCAGAGGAAGGCUCACAGAAAUCUAUCUCCAGGUCCAUUCGUGGGACAAUGGCUAGCAGCAGCUGUGAAGUUUUUGAAGACUGUGUCACAGCAUCAUCUGUCAUUGAAUCAGCCAUUGGUCUUCUGAAGAACUGUCUGUCUGUCAUGCCACCAGCUGAGAGGAAUCCCGCUUCCCUGGCCUGCCAUGAGCACUUUGUCUGGGUGAGCAAGUGGGUGGACUAUUCCAACAAGUAUGGUUUUGGCUAUCAGCUCUCCAACCACAGCAUUGGUGUCCUCUUCAACGAUGGAACUCAUAUGGCCCUCUCUGCCAACUGGAAGAAAGUGCAUUACAACCUGACAAACAGCAAGCAUUUCUCCUUCCCGGCUUCAGCUGUCCCUGAGCAACUGCAGGGGCAGAUGGGUGUCCUGCAGUACUUUGCCUCAUAUAUGGAACAGCAUCUAAUGAAGGGAGGAGACUUACCCAGCAUAGAUGAGACUGGACAGGUUCCACCGCUCCUUCUACAAUGGGUGAAGACUAAUCAGGCCUUAUUGAUGCUUUUUAGCAAUGGAACCUUUCAGGUGAACUUCUACAAUGAUCAUACCAAGGUGAUCUUCAGCAAACCUGACCACACCUGCCUCCUCACCUACAUAAACCGUGACAGGAAUUCCUACACCUACAAGCUCAGCAGCAUUGCAGAACUUGGCUGUUCACCGGAGCUCCAGCGUAGGCUCAAAUACAUCCUCAAGCUGCUUCAACAGCGAGUGGAUGCAUAAGGCUACAGGGUGGACACCUGGUAUCCUUGGCCCUUUCUGUUCUUCCAAGAGCUGUGAUGUUAACGGUGCAGGAGAAGGCAACUCUUGAGACAUCAGAAUUCUUCCUUAGUCAGAUGCCUUUCUACAAGGGAAAACUUCAAAACCCAAACUGCACUUGGAUUGGGCCAAGCCCUUCUUCAGAAUCCAUCAACUUCUGGGAUGCUAGCCACCUAAUGACUUUUUAUUAUUGUUAAACAAAAGGGAUUUUUUUUUCACUUGCUUUGACAUGACUGCUCCAGUCCACAUUGGAGAGGAGGAGUAGAGAUAAUUGCCUUUACUCCUGUGUGGCCUUUGCACAGAUGGUUAUGCACAUUGGCUCGUGGAUGGGGAGGGGAGAAUCUGUGAUCCAUACACUCCAUGGGAAACAAGUAGUGAGGGUAAUAGCAAAUCUUUUUUUUUAAAAGAAAAAAAAAAAUUCUGAGUUUUUCCCAGUGCCUAAUGCCAAAUCUGCUGUUGGAUCUUGGCAUCUCGGAGUCUGAAGGGUUAGAGGGCUGUGAGUCCAGUUCAUGUAUUCAGGCUAAAUCAAGUGAUUUCUGUUGUGAGCCAUUUCAGGCUCUUGCGACACUACCGCUGCCUUCCUGUGGAUUGCAGUUCUUUUUGCUCAGAGUUGCAUCACUUGCAUAAUCCUUGGCUGGUUCUGACUCAUGGACCAAACAAGAAAUCUGUGAAUUGGGUGUGGCUGCUCUGCUAAGAAGGGCAGCAGAAACAGAAUGCCGCAGAGGCAACUUGUGCCACAAGAUCAGACAAACUGCUUCCCUGCUUUAGCUGUGAUAGGGCUACCACAAUCCUUGGGGGACUGUGGUUAGCUGAAGAGCCAGCUGGCUGCCUUCUGAAAUUGGUAGGGAAGAACUGCUACAACUCCUUAAUUUGGGAGGAACAGAGGUAGGAUAGCUGAAUCUUCAGCCUGAAAUCAGGGUUAAUUCAAACACCUAGUGCUGCUGCUGCUAAGCACUCGACGCUGCAAAGGUACAUGUUGGGUAAUGGAACUGUUACACUAAUUAGGCAAAUGGGUUUUGUUUUUUUUUCCUUUUGUGCUGAGACUGUGAAACACCCUAUUUGCCUCAUUUUCUCAGCUGUUUUCAUUCCAAGAUGCAGCAGAGGGAUUCUGUAAAUUGCCAUGGUACAGACUUGAACGGCUUCGUUGGAAGCUGCCAGUUUAAUGUUUUGAACUUGACAAGACUAUUUGUCCAGCUAUGGAGCCUAAAUGGUGUGAACAUCCUAAGAUUUAUUUAUGUAUUUAUGAGCUAUUUAUUUUGCACCUGUGUCUUGUCAAUCAUUGCACACCAUGUCUCCAAAAACCCAGCUGUCUUGAUUACAAUAAAACUCAUUUUUAUUAAAAGCAAAAGAACAAUG